CUACAUAACAACAAAAGAAUAUCAGUAGUUAGAGAAAUGAGUCAGACAUCUCUGAAACAGAAAAAGAAGAAUGAGACUGGAUCGAGGUACUCAAAAGACAGCCUAGAAGGAGACAAAUCUAGAAAGGAUUCUGAGAAAUCAGUUCGUCUGACCACUCAGGGAUCACAAGAAUUAACUUUGCCGAAGUCAGACUCUCGAGGGUACGUAGUGCGAAAUCAGUGGUCUCGAACGUCACGGAGCCCAUCCACCAGACCUCCAUCAGCAGAGGAGUCCAGAAGCAAGAACACCAGUCUUAAGCUCCCCAGUAGCUCCACGACCUCCCGGACUUCAUCCACCUCUCCUAGCCAUCGAGAGGAGUCGCCGAAGCAGCUGUCGGCACAGCCCUCGCCACCCACGCAAAACAUGCCGCUCGACUCACGGUCUUCCAUGUCCCCGGAGGCCCAGCUGCAGACCACGUCCCGGCGCACCACCAAGACUGAGAAUCCUGACACCUGGUCUCACAGCACUGGGCGGGAGAUGCGCGAGAGCCGGGAUAAGAGAGAGUCCCGGGACUCGCGCGACUCCAGGGACACGCACCAGCGGGAAUACUCGCGCACGCCUCCCUCCGAAUGGAAAUCCUAUACUCAGCGCAGGAUGCUCUACCCCUCUCAGAUGGACCACGACUGUGUGUCCGACCUGGCCAGAAAACGAGAGGAAGAGGAGGACGAGGACGAGGCCUACUGGGCGUCUGUGAGAACACUGUACGAGAAGACACCCAACUGCUCGCGCCCCAGGCCGCCCAAACCGAAGCAUGCCAUCACCGUUGCUGUGUCAUCCGGGGCACUCUUCAACAUGAUGGACAGCAGGAAAAUCUAUGAUGAAGAGGGUCUGGAGAAAUACAUGGAGUAUCAGCUUACCAACGAGAAUGUCGUCUUGACCCCAGGGCCGGCCUUCCGCUUUGUCAAGGCACUGCAGCAUGUCAACUGUAGACUCCGUGAGCUGUAUCCUGACGAACAGGACUUAUUUGAUAUUGUACUGAUGACUAAUAACCAUGCCCAAGUGGGAGUGCGGCUUAUAAACAGCGUCAAUCACUACGGAUUACUAAUUGACCGCUUCUGUCUAACUGGAGGAAAAAGCCCCAUUGGCUAUUUGAAGGCAUAUCUUACCAACUUGUAUGUUUCUGCGGAUUCUGAAAAAGUACUAGAAGCAAUACAAGAAGGGAUCGCCUCUGCAACAAUGUAUGACAGCGCCAAGGACGUGGCUUACUGUGACACACAGCUCCGUGUGGUCUUUGAUGGGGACGCCGUCCUCUUUUGUGAGGAGCCUGAACAUGGUACCAAGGAUCAUGGGCCGGACAAAUGCUUCCAACACGAAGCCGUAGCAGACAAUAAGCCUCUUGGUCAGGGUCCCUUGAAAGGCUUUAUGGAAGAUUUAGGCAGACUGCAAAAGAAGUUUUAUGCCAAAGACGAACGGUUAUGUUGCCCUAUCCGGACCUACCUGGUUACAGCCAGGAGUGCAGCGAGUUCAGGCGCCCGCGUGCUGAAAACCCUUCGCCGCUGGGGUCUAGAGAUAGACGAAGCUCUUUUCCUUGCUGGAGCCCCCAAAGGUCCCAUUUUGGCAAAGAUAAGGCCCCAUCUCUUCUUUGAUGAUCACAUGUUCCACAUUGAAGGGGCGCAGAAAUAUGGCACCACCACAGCUCAUGUACCUUAUGGAAUUAGUCAAAAGUGA